AUGAGCGAAAAGGCGGCUUCAUUCGUUGACACUAAAUCAAGUGGCGGCUCUUUUGUUCCACCAGCACCACGACCUACCAAGCGUUUCGCUUAUGAUUGGAGAGACAAGCUUCUUGAUCCCAAUUUCGAUGUUGACCGAUCCAAUGGUGGUCGAUCGUACACAGCAUAUUAUAACAUUGUCUGCUGUGUAUGUGGCACUGGCAUGUUAUCACUUUCUUCUGUCUUAGCAGGAGGAGGUUGGGGCGCUUUGGCUCUAUUGAUUAUCUGCUGGUGGAUGACCAUGUACUGCUCUGUUAUUCUCAUUCAAACGCUUUACUACGGUGGUGAGAAGCGUAUGUUGUCGGUUAACCAGGUUGCAACUACUGCGUUCGGCAAAUGGGGCGGCUACACGAGUUUCUUCUUCAACGCUUGGAUCUUGCUCGGAACAGCAAUCCUCUACUUUGUCUUGUGUGGUUCAAACCUGAACGAUUUGUGCGCCGGAACUGCCGGCGAAAUUGGCCAUGUUGCCUGGUCUAUCAUCUUUGUCGUAAUUGUUGGAAUUCCCUUUGUCUUUAUGAAAACCAUGGAUAACUUGAGCUGGACCUCGUUACUUGGUGUAGCUGUGACCUUGGUAACAACUUUUAUCUGUGUCAUCGAAGCUGGCCUCGAUCGCCCGAAUCAGGUGGAUGUCGUCAGGGAAAAUGUCGUCUGGGAAGGCUGGCCCGGCGCCAUCGCCGUCAUUUCCUUCAGUCUGGGUGGUAACGUCGUUUAUCCCAACUGUGAAGCUGCCAUGAAGCGACCUCAGAGAUGGCCCAUAGUCUGCAUCAGUGGUUUGUCAACCUGCGCUCUCUUGUACUUUAUGAUUGCAAUUCCCGGUUAUUUCAUCUAUGGUGAAACCGCUCAGAACCCGAUUUACAACAGCAUUCCGCCUGGUGUUGGUCGUAUCAUGGCAAUUGUGAUGGUCACAAUCAAUGUCACAGUCUCUGUUCCUAUCUACGCUGGUUCCUUUGCUUUGGACUGUGAAAAUAUCAUGGGCAUUACAGUCGAGAAGAUGGGUAAAAAGAAAGAAUUUAUGUACCGUGCCCUUUGGCGUACUGCUAUCAUGGUCUUUUGCGCCGUCAUCGCAUGUACUGUUCCUCACUUUUCGCCACUCAUGCAUUUGUUUGGAGCCUUUGGUUACAGUACCACCAUUUUCAUCAUCCCUGUGUUGUGCUACUGGAAGCUUACCGGCUUCCGCAAUAAGCCGAUCUAUGAAAUCGCAUGGGGUUGCCUUAUCUUGCUCAUGGGCAUCGUUGGUCUCAUUUUCGGCACUUGGGACUCGGUUGUGAAACUCAUUGCUGCUUACAAUGCAUAG